UCUCCUCUCCUCUCCUCCCCUCUCCACCAUGUUAUCCCGUAUCACCACAGUCCUCUUAGCUGUGUUGUGUCGAUGUGUGCUGGUGUCUCUCGGGGUGGACCCCCCUCACCCCCGUCGGGAGAUCCGAAUCGAGGGAGACCUCGUCCUUGGGGGUCUGUUCCCGGUCCAUGAGAAGGGGGGAGGAAUAGAGGAGUGUGGGAGGGUAAACGAGGACAGAGGGAUCCAGAGGUUGGAGGCCAUGCUGUUUGCUAUAGACAGGAUCAACUCUGAUCCUACUCUACUGCCUGGAGUCAGUCUUGGAGUUCACAUACUGGACACCUGCUCUAGAGAUACAUACGCACUGGAACAGGCGCUGGAGUUUGUGCGUGCGUCUCUGACCAAGGUGGACGAUACAGAGUUUAUCUGUCCUGAUGGAUCCUACGCUCUACAGGACGACAGUCCCCUGGCCAUCGCUGGAGUUAUAGGAGGAUCUUAUAGCAGCGUGUCUAUACAGGUGGCCAACCUGCUCCGCCUCUUCCAGAUCCCUCAGAUCAGCUAUGCCUCCACCAGUGCCAAGCUCAGUGACAAGACGCGCUACGACUACUUUGCCCGCACGGUGCCCCCUGACUUCUACCAGGCCAAGGCCAUGGCAGAGAUCCUGCGGCUGUUCAACUGGACCUACGUGUCCACGGUGGCAUCAGAGGGCGACUACGGAGAGACGGGCAUAGAGGCUUUCGAACAGGAAGCACGAAUGAGGAAUAUCUGCAUCGCUACCUCUGAGAAGGUGGGGCGCUCUAAUGCUAAGAAGUCCUAUGAGGCAGUGAUCAGGCAACUCCUCCAGAAGCCCAAUGCCCGCGUGGCGGUUCUCUUCCUGAGGAGUGAUGACGCUCGGGAACUCCUCUCUGCCGCUGCACGACUCAACGCCACCUUCAUCUGGGUGGCCAGCGAUGGCUGGGGGGCACAGGAGAGCAUCGUCAAGGGCAACGAGGUCACGGCCGACGGGGCCAUCACCCUGGAACUGGCGGCCAAUCCCGUGCCGGCUUUCAACCGCUACUUCCUAUCUCUGGAUCCAAUCAACAACCGCCGCAACCCCUGGUACCGGGAAUUCUGGGAGCAGAAGUUCCAGUGCUCACUUGGCGGAGGGGGAGGAGGAGGUGGGGCAGGAGGAGUUGGGGCAGGGGGGAUGGUGUCUCUCUCCCUCCCUCCAUGUGAGAAGGGUGUAUCGGUGGAUGACAGUAACUUUGAGCCCGAGUCCAAGAUCAUGUUUGUGGUGAAUGCGGUAUACGCCAUGGCCCACGCCCUCCAUAAGAUGCAGAGGACAUUGUGUUCCAACACCACCAAGCUCUGUGACAGCAUGAAGGCUCUGGAUGGACGCAAGCUCUACAGAGACUACCUUCUCAACAUCAGCUUUACAGCUCCCUUCUCUCCUCUCGGCAGUGAGACCGUGGUGAAGUUUGAUCCCUAUGGCGACGGGAUGGGACGUUACAAUAUCUUCAGUUACCAGCGCAACGCUGAUCGCUAUGGCUAUGUGCCCAUCGGCGAGUGGGCAGAAACUCUGAGCCUGAGCAGCGACCUGAUUCGCUGGCCAAGGGAGGUGGUGCCCCCAUCCCAGUGCAGUGACCCGUGUGCCCGCAAUGAGAUGAAGAAGAUGCAGGCUGGAGAGUACUGUUGUUGGAUCUGUACGGCGUGUGAGGCUCAUGAGUACCUGGCUGAUGAGUUCACCUGUUCGCCCUGCGCCCCCGGCCAGUGGCCCAGUGAAGACCUCACUUCCUGCUACGACCUGCCCGAGGACUACAUCAUGUGGGAGGACGCCUGGGCCAUCGGACCCAUCAGUAUCGCCAUUGUCGGGUUCCUGUGUACAUCUCUGGUGUUCUGGGUGUUUGUGAGACACAACAGCACGCCCCUGGUGAAGGCGUCAGGCAGAGAGUUGUGUUACAUCCUACUGCUGGGUGUCUUCAUGUCCUACUCCCUCACCUUCCUCUUCCUGGCCAAGCCCUCGCCUGCUGUCUGCGCCAUGCGACGCCUCGGCCUCAGCACCUCAUUCGCUGUCUGCUACUCAGCCCUGCUCACCAAGACGAAUCGGAUCGCCCGGAUCUUCAGCGGGGUGAAGGAUGGAGGCGGGACCACGAGGCCGCGCUUCAUAAGCCCCACCUCUCAGGUGUUUAUCUGUCUCAGUCUGAUAUCGGUCCAGUUAGUGAUGGUGUCUGUGUGGUUGCUGCUGGAGGUUCCUGGUACCAGGAGGUUUACGUUACCGGAGCGACGACAGACAGUGAUCCUGAAGUGUAACGUCCGUGACUCCAGCAUGCUGCUGUCACUAGUAUAUGAUGUGCUCCUGGUCAUCCUGUGUACCGUGUACGCCUUCAAGACCAGGAAGUGUCCAGAGAACUUCAACGAGGCUAAGUUCAUAGGUUUCACCAUGUACACAACCUGUAUCAUCUGGCUAGCCUUCCUGCCCAUAUUCUAUGUCACAUCCAGUGACUACAGGGUCCAGACCACCACCAUGUGUAUCUCUGUCAGUCUCAGUGGUUUCGUGGUGCUGGGCUGUAUGUUCGCUCCCAAGGUCCACAUCAUCAUGUUCCAACCACAGAAGAAUGUCACCAGCCUCCGCCUCAAUAUCAACCGCUUCAGUGUCAGUGGUCCUGCCACCACAUACGCUUCACACGUGAGUGCCCAGUAUGUACCGACAGUGUGUAAUGGGAGAGAGAUCGUUGACUCCACCACUUCCUCUCUGUGACGCCCACCCACUCACCUCUCUAUCCCUACCCCCCCAGAGACUUAGCCAAUAGGCACACAUUGUGCCCCCCUGACACCCCCUCCUCCCACCACGUGGACUAGCACAGUACCGUUUCACGUCUGUAGAAAGUGUGUAUUAUGAUUACAUUAUUUUCUAGUGCUGUACAUAUAUAAUGGAAUCGACAUUGUUGUAGACAUACAAAAUAACAAAAAAAAACUUUGUAGGAGGAUUUUUUGAGCCUUUGUUUUUGAUAGAUUUGUUAAGAGGCUGUGUUCAUUUAUUUAUAACUGUGCGCUGGGUUGUGAUAGGAGUGUGUUGUGUAUGUGUGUUAGGGUUGUGUAUGUGUGAUAGGAGUGUGUUGUGUAUGUGUG